UAAUGAAAGUUGAGACGUUCCUUGGCGUUCCUGCAAAAGGCACCGUUAUAGCAUAUUUUUAACAUAUUUUGCUAGCUUAUUAUUAUUAUUGAACGUGUAGGGAAAAACGUGUGCCGAAGCAAAAUACGGUUGCCCAGAAUCUCACACAGCGCUUAACCUGAGAGUAAUUAUUCAUGAGCUAAGUUUGCGUUCGAGGGUGGAACUCAUCCGUUGUGUUUGCUUAAACUCUUCCACCUGCAGCUCAAACAGGAUGUUAUUCCGGGCCUGUUGACGGGCUCGGGUACCUGCUCUGGCGUCUGAUCACAAGAAAUCCUCCUCUGCGACGGUCUUUGAUGCGGAUAUGGUGCAACCAGCCAAAUAACGCAACGAUAUGCGCGACUGUGCACCAUGAACGCAGCAAAAACCCAAUUUUAGUCAUACACGAGUGGCUUCGUUUAAUCCAAAACUUCUGGUGGUUGUUGGGUUUCGCAGAGGAAUGAUGGGAGACCCGCCAAAGAUAUUUUACCGCUUGUGUUUACGCGUUAUUAUUUCUAUGUCUUUAACUGAGUGCCUGAGCCGAUCCAGCGCAGGUAACGUGGCUUUCCUUGACGCACCUGACGCGCCGGUGUCCACCUGGAACCUACCCGUUAAGUACAGCUGUUUCCAGGCGUCCGCAGUGCAUGUCCAGGUUCUGGUUUCUUUCGAUACCGGCUCUACCUCAGUCGUUUUCCACAAAUACUGGACCUGCGAUCCGGGACGUGCCAGAACCCGAGUGGUGUCCGUGAAUUUUCCUGACUGGCUCGUGUACAGACCUGAUUGGAUAAUACGCGGUUCCGAUUGGGUUCUCAGCUGCUUAUUGCGCGCUUGGAUCGGACCGGAUGAGUCCACCGGACCUGGCAGGUUUCCCGGAACCAGUGUGACUGUUCCCCUUGAUAUUCACUCGCCGCUGAGUCGACCCUUCAAACAACACCAGCUUUGUGCCAAAUGGGACACAGAUUUGCUGUGGAGAGUCAGAAGAGAUGACAGUCCACAGUGCUUGGAGGAAAAUGAGGUGGUAUCUCUUCUUUCCACAAUUUAUGCUUGUACUGGUGAACGUUAUGGCAUCAUCAAAACCCUCCGGCCGUUCAGAAGCGAAGUUUUGGAAGGAUUGAGAACCAAAUCCAUCUAUUAUCCCUGGUUUGCUGUUUCGCUUUGGGUUUUGGUGGAGAAACCUUGCAGUGACCACUUAUGUGGACUACUGCUCCACAUCGAUGCUGAAAACAAUUACGCCACCCCUACAAUAUUCCUCACAGACGCUGGUAAGAUUCAUGUCCAGGUGCAUGGAGAUGCUGGGCACUCCUCAGCAUUCCUUUCAUCUUUUAAGGUUCCUCUUCAUCGGUGGUGUCGUAUCAGCCUUGAGAUUCUGGGGCGUGUGGCAAAAAUUUCUAUUGCAUGUAUGGAAGGGCAGCGGAAAUACUCCAGCACAGCUGAGCAUGUAUUUGGCAAGAACGUCAUGCUGGAUGACACGCAUGGAUAUUUUGUGAUUGGUGGAGGUAAAUUUAUACAAGGCAUUGAAGGGUAUUAUGGACCAGCUACAUAUUAUCGUAUACAGGGGCUCCCAGCUGACCAGGCUGAGAUUCACCUGCCUCCUAUAAUAUCAAAAGUGAAUAUAACCGGAUGGUUCCAGUCUUGUGAGAAUUUCAAAUCCGAGCUGUUUCUGUCUGUAACGGAUCACUCUCUUACAGUAAAGAGACCCCCAGGCAGCUGUUUGGACACGUACACAGAGCUGCUACUGAAUCACAGUAACGCCAACUCCGCAGAACAGUGCGUGCUCUUCGAAACAAACCCUCACAGGCGCCAAGUUGCACGGCUGACCAAACUAGUAUCACAGAAAUAUGGCAGGGUGAGCGCAUCAGCUGUGGGCAGGAUUCUGUACGCUCUAGUCGUCCGUAAGAUCGGUGCCGCUCACAGUCUGGAUGUUAUAACCAGGAUGAUGCCUUUCCUGCUGAGGUCUGGCUGUUUGGGAGACGACAGAGCACUGCAUCUGUCCUCUGUGCUGUACAGCAGUGGAUUCGGAGUCAGGAGACAGCCGUAUAAGGCCUGGCUGUUGUCCCUCUUGUCAGCUCGGAAGGAUUGGAGGUUGGCUCUCUUACGUUUAGGGCACAUGCACCAUGUCGGUGACCUGGAGGUGACCCCUGAUCGUGACCUUUCCUAUGCUUAUUACGUUAACAUCGCCAGACAAACCAGCACUGAUCAGAAGAAUCCCUCCCCACAGCAAACCUUUGUUGAGUUAAUACGUUUAAAUGAUGAAGAGACCCUGAAGGCCCAAACCAAUGAAAACGAUGAUCUGUUUCACUGGCUGAAGCUUCAGGCGCGAAGUGGAGUGGCUGAAGCUGAGCAAGCAAUGGGGCGCAUGUUAUUCUGGGGUCAGCAGGGAGUGUCUCCAGACAUUCAGACAGCAGUGAAACACUAUGAGAGAGGUGCCACCAAACUCAAUGACCCUGUGUCCAUGUACGACUACGCUAUUGUGCUCCUUACGGGCCAAGGAGUUCCAAAAGAUGUUCAGAGAGCCGUUAUGUUCCUGAAGAAAGCAAUAGAACAGGGCUCUGUUCCGGCUAUCACUGCUCUGGGCUGGUACUACGAGCAGUAUGAGAAGGAUUACGAGAAGGCUGUACAUCUGUGGGAAGAAGCCGAGGCCAAAGGUCACCCUGAUGCCGCUAUGAAUCUGGGGGUUUUCUACUCUCAGGGCCUGUAUCCUGGACAAGCUGCCGACCAGUUUGAGGCAUAUAAGUACUAUUUAAAGUCAGCCCAGCGAGGACACUUAAACGGUGGCAUUGAAUUGGCCGAUGUUUGGAUACAUGGGAUUCCCAGCCGAGUUGCCAGACGCCCAGCAGAUGCUGUUCUUUGGGUUAAAUGGGCGUCUGAACAGAAUGGAUAUCUGGGAACGGUCUUGAGGAACGGACUGAAUGCCUACUUCAGAGGAAACUGGAUCAUGUCUUUGAUUUAUUAUCUGAGUGCAGCAGAGAGUGGAUUUGAAGCAGCUCAGUUUAAUGUGGCGUACCUGUGCGAACUCAACUCAGGCUCUUUGGAUCCAGUGCUGGUGACUCGGUGCAUGUUGAGAUAUUAUAACAUGUCGAUACAGGCUCAAGAUCCGGCUGCUUACGCUUUGAUUAGAAUGGGAGAUUUGUUCUAUGGUGAGCAGGCUUUGGGCAGAAAAGAGGUUUCUGAUGCCGCAGAGCUUUAUAAGCAAGCAGCUCUCAAGAACGAACCACAGGGUUGGUAUAAUCUUGGCCUGCUUGUCCAAAGCGGGGAGUCUCUGCCGUUCAGCGUGCUUUCUGAGCUCAAUUUGCUUCACCUUCACUUAACAGACCGACAGACGCUUCUCAGCGCCCUGUUCCAAAGAUGUAGAGAGACCAAUAGCAGCGACGCCUACCUGCCCUGCACACUGGCGCUGUUCAGCACACACCUGCAAUCUUUACAACUACACCAAGAUACUGCAAUAAAGCUCAUUGCCACAAUUUCGGCUGCAGUCGGAGCUCUGUCUUUUGUGUUCGGACUGAUUAAAUGGAGGACAGCGCCACUCAACCAAACAUCUCGAUCCCAAACAUCAGCUUCCAGCCAAAACCAAGAGGAGGAGGAAUCCUAAAGAAUGACUUUUAGUAGUUUUUAUUAUUUUUUUUUUUAAUAGCAGUUCUAGACAUUCUCGGUUUUACCUCCAUGCGAAGCACUUGUUUAUUAUUCGUAUUUGAGCCAUUAAAAGAUGCAGAAUAACUUGAAAUCGAAGCGCAAUCUGAAAUGUAACUACACGGCCAUAUACGUUCAUUUUCUGUCAUUUAUUCACCCUCAAGUUGUUCCAAACCUUCAACACAAAUGACGACAUUUAAAAAAAAUAAAAUGCUGGUAGCCAUUGACUUCCAUAUAUGGAAUAUAAAUGAAAGUCAAUGGGUACCAUCAACUUCAACAGAAGAAAGAAACUCAUACAGGUUUGGAACAAAUUAAAGGUGACCAAAUGCUAACAAAACUCAUUUUUUGGUGAACUAUGCCCAUCAUUAAUUUAUAAAUGAUCCUUUUUCUACAAGUACUUUUAAAAAAA